AUGGUGAUGCUGAAGAAGAACACGAGCGCCCUGCACUGCUUCGUGACCGCCCUCAUGGUGGUCAUGGCUGCCACCCUUCUCUCCUCAUGCGACGUCCGCAAAGAGAUGGAUAAGCCCCAUGCUUUUCCCCUGCCCGCUUCGUGCUACUCCAAGCACUUUCCAAACUGCACCGACGAGCGGUGCAAGAAGUUCUGUGGUGGCGAUGACAUGCCGCCGGUCCCCGGGGCCUUCUGCAACGAUGACAACAACUGUUGUUGUCCCAUUUAG